AUGCUCGAUGUUCUGAUGCAGGCUCUCUUAAGCAAUCAUUUUAAACACUUUAUAUUGGCGAAUGACAAUAGCAAAACAGGAAAGCAUUACAAUAAAAAGACAAUUGAUCGACUACAAAUAAUGAUCGGCGGUGCAUUGCCAGAGGGGAAAGAAAAAGACUUGUUAGCUAAGAUUAUGGUUGAAAUUGAAAAAUUGUUGGCAAUAUUUUUAACAGAAAAAAAGCCAGAAAGAAAGAAUGUGCUCGAGACAAUUUUUUCGAGUAUGGUUCGUGGGACGUUAAAAUGGAUUAACGGCAGACCAGAAACUGACCUUGCAUACAAAAAACAGGUUCGUGUUGAAUUAGAAGCAAAACCGGUAUCAUUUGACCAACUGAAAACAAUCUACUUCAUUUGUCCGAAAGAGCCAAUACCAGAGGGUGCCAUGUCCCAAAACUUAAGGUUUAAUCACGAUGAAUCAGUCUACAUUGAUUUUUCAUCUCAUUUCGUGCCCGAUAUGACAAUAUUAAACGAAAAAUCGAGUGGAGACCUUGUGCUCAGGAUCGAGUGUCCUGCCUGUUCGCCAAAAUACAGUGCAAAGCCGACAGAAAAUGGACUGAUGAUUAUUCAAGGAGAAAAAACUGGUUGA